UAUAAUACUAGAAUUAUAUAAAUGAAUUAACCUAGUUCUGAAAGUAUAGAAUUUUGUGUUGUUUCUAUUAUCCUAGUUUCUCACUCGGUGGAUGAGUUCACUGUUACCCCAGAUCUCUACCAUUGACUCUGUAACUACCCUUCCCUUGAAUUUCUCCUAUUUUGCGGAGAUUCCAAAGGGAAAAAUCUGAAUCACCAAAUAUUUUGGUUCUACUUUGUUAUUACUUUACACCUAUUUCAGAUUUUUAUUUUAAUUUGCAUAAAUUCUUCAAAAUCCUAUAACGAAUUACUGAGAGUAGUCGUUACAAGCUUUGUUUGUCGCCAGUUACGUUGCAAAGGUGUUUCAUUUCAUCCUUGAUAAUGCACCUUUCAAUAAGUGAAAAAAUCCCGAUGCAACAAAGUUGAUCCCUUUAUCGGAAAAUUCAACUCCGGCAAGUGUUCUGAGAUAGCCCAACAAGCCAAUUUCAAUUUUUUUUGUUUUUUUAUUAAAAAAAAUCAAUUUUUUUAAUUGAGGUAAAAAAUGGAGGUUGGGGAAAUUGACAGAAAAGAGCAGCAAGAAGAGAUUCCUUGGAUCCCUACAACCCCGGCUAAGCCCGUUUUGCAAAAAUCAUCUCAGAUCUGCACGCCGGUACCGGAAAAAAACCACCAAACCCAUCAUCAUGCUAAUGGUGCUGUUGCAUGUUCUGAAUUCUCAAAUGGGUCAGAGAAAAACAACAAGGUUCGUGAUGGGUCAGUACCCGUGGCUAGAGUGGCGGACAUUGCUGGUGAUAAUGGUAAAAUCUGUGACAAGACAGUUUCUGAGAAUGUUUCGUGUUGGAGUUACCAAGGUUUGGCCGAGUCUAUGUUCCAGACAGAGGUAGCUUUGCCGAGUUCUUCUUAUGCGACACAACUAGGAAAUAAUAAUAGAUUCAAUGAUCUAUUUGUUCCUUCAGUUAUCUGUGACAAUUCAAGGGUUCCUCACGAAACAUCUGAGAAUGCUUGCUGUAGCAAGAGAACUUCCGAGGAUGACCCUGCCAAAAAGCUUGACAAGGAUGGAAUCCCACCCAACAAAGAACUCUGUGAUCACCAUGUCAUGGAAUUUUCUGCUGUUUCUUCACCACUCAAGGAGAAUCACAACCCAGAUGAGGGAAGCAGCCUUUGUAUGGGUCCGAAUAAACCACCGCAACCAAAGCCAAGGAGAAAAAGGCACCGCCCUAAGGUCAUUAAAGAAGGAAAACCCAAAAAAACUCCAAAGCCAGCUACCCCAAAGGCUGCUCAACCAAAAGAAAACGCAACUGGCAAGAGGAAGUAUGUAAGAAGAAAAGGAUUGGACAAAACUCCUACUCCUGCAACACAAGUGACAGAAGAAUUCACUGAAGAAAUACCUGAAGCAGCCAAAACGCCAUGUAGAAGGACCUUAAGUUUUGGCGCAGGAACAAAAGACCAGAGUUCUGCAGGCAGAGAAAAUACAACUGCACUUCUAGGCAAAGAAAAUGGUGCAGUCGUACAAGAAACAAACUUUGGCCUUGCAUGUGAUUUAAAUACUUCAGUUAAACAUGCGUCAAGCAGUUCCAUGUCAGUACCAGAAGAUAAACAUGCGCCGGAUACAUCUUCACAGAGCACCUGCCCUGGGGAAAAGCCAAAAGAAAACCCAACUGGCAAGAAGAAAUAUGCGAGAAGGAAAGCAUUGAACAAGACUUCUGCUCCAAAAGAAGUGACGGGUGAAUUGACUACAGAAAAUAUGUCCGAAUUGGCCAAACCACCCUGUAAAAGUUCCGUAAAUCUUGACGGAGGAAUGGAAGAGAGUUCUACGGUCAAAGAUAAUGCAACUGUACAUCUGAGCAAAGAAAAUUUAGUCACGAAGGGAACAAUUCCAGACCUUGCUUACAAUGUAAAAAUUUCCAUGAAGGAGGCAUCAAACAGUUGCAUGUCAUUAACAGAAGCUACACAAGCCACAAAUACAUCUUCAAAAAGAAAGUCCCGUGAGACAAAGCCAAAAGAAAACACAAGUGCCAAAAGGCAGUAUGUGAAAAAGUCAGGAUUGAACAAGUCUUCCAUUCCUACAGAAGUAUCAGGAGACUUGCCUGGAAAAAUGAUUGCAGAAUCUGCCAAAACUUCUUGUAGACAGACCUUAAAUUUUGACAGAGGAGCAAGAGAUGAAAGUUCUGCUGACAGAAAUAAUGAUGCAACUAUGCAUCCAUGCAAAGAAACUGGUACAGUAAUGCAGGAAAUAGAUGUAGGCAUUACCUAUGAUAUCGGGACAUUCAUGAAGCGGGCAGCAGAAAAUAGUUACAUGACAUUUUGUGAUAACGUACAAACCCCAAGUCUGUCCCCUUCAAAAACCGAUCUCCCUGGGGCAAAGCCAAAAGAAAACCUGACUGGAGAGAAGAAGUAUCAGAGAAGAAAACGACUGAACAAGCCUCCUACUUGUCAAACAGAACUGACUGGAGCAAUGAUGCCAGAAUCUACAGAAAUGCAAAGAAGGUUCUCAGAUUUUGACAUGGGAACAAAAGAUGAAAAUUCUGCAAACAGAGAAAUUUUUAAUGUCCAAAUUGGCAGUAUGGUAGAGGAAACACAUAUAGGCCUUGCCUAUAAUCAAGACACUUGGAUGAUGCAGGCAUUAAAUAGUUACAUCUCAUUAUCUGAAGCCGCACAAGCCCCAUGUACAUAUCCUUCAAAAGGUAAUCCUCCUGUGAGAAAGAAGAGAUCGAAAAGGACUUCUACUCCGACAGAAAUGACAGGUGAAUUGACUGAACCAAUUAGGUCUGAAUCUACCAUACUAUCGUGUAGAAUGUCCUUAAACUUUGAUAAAGAAGGAAGAGAUGAAUGUAAUACAUGCAAUGAAAGCCUCGCCAGUGAUCAAAACAUCACGGUGAAUGAGAUCUUACAUAAUGACAUCUCGUUAUCUGAAAACACACAAACUCCAAGUUCAUGUCUUCCCAAAAGCAAUCUUCCAGGGGAAAAUCUAAAUGACAGGAACAAAAACAAAAGAAAGAGUGUUGCAACUGCUCAGGAUGGGAACGUCGGUAACAGUCAAGUUUCAACAAUAAGCCCACAAAUGGUUGGUUGCGAGAGAAAUCAUUCCGGAGCCAUUGAAUGUGCAGAUAACAGCAGCAUGAAUCUGAUUGGGGCACACUAUAAUGGAUUGCCCUCAUACAAGUCAAAGUUCUCGAUUCAAUUUCCAAACAUCCAGAAGAAAAGGAGAACUGAAAAGGGGAAAACUUCUAACACUCAUAUUACAUCUUCUGUGACUACCAAAAAUGGGAUACCACUAGUAUUCACUCCAAAAGUUGGUCAAGUGCAUCCAUAUGCUCUAGUGCAUCCUUAUGUUCAAGUGCACCCUUAUGCAUCAAACUACAGCUCCAGGAUGUAUGGUUAUGGAUAUAAUGCAGCUGUAUUCCCAAUCAUAAAUGAAUCUACAGAAAAUUAUAUUCAUAGUACUCAAACAUUUGAUGAGUUCAAAUUAUCUUUGAGAAGGGUGACAGAAAGAUCUCAAUUCCCGACUCAAACAUGCGAUUAUAAUUCUCUAACAAGAGUUAGAAACUGUAUUGAACCAAAUUAUACUGCAAAUCUACUGGACUUUUCAGACCAACAAACGAUUAGAGAUGCAGAAAUACCACAAACAUGCGUUGAUAGUUUCGUUGAAGAUAUGCCUGUAUCAUGUGCAAAAAAUAAGCGAAAUAGAAAGAAAAGUGUUCUUUCCAGUUCAGCACGUCCUAAAACAGAUGAUAUGCGACAGUGCGAUAAAUUUGAGCUGGGAAAUCACCACCUGGCACUGGAGAAGUCAUCAGAUAUUGCUCGUAGAGUACGGAAAGUUAUCCGUAAUGUUGAAGCAUUAGCAGAGCAAUUUAGACGGCUAAACAUAAACACGGGAGAGAGAGAACUUGUCUUAUAUGAGCAGAAUACACUUGUUCCAUUUCAAGGCUCAUUUGAUCCCAUCAAAAAACGACGUCCACGACCUAAAGUUGACCUUGAUGAGGAGACUGAUAGAGUGUGGAAGCUUUUGCUGUUAGAUAUAAACCAUGAUGGGGUUGAUGGAACAGAUGAAGACAAGGCCAAAUGGUGGGAAGAAGAACGUAAUGUGUUCCAUGGACGAGCGGACUCAUUUAUUGCACGGAUGCAUCUUGUGCAAGGAGACAGACGAUUUUCUCGAUGGAAAGGAUCAGUUGUGGAUUCAGUGGUAGGAGUUUUCCUAACUCAAAAUGUCUCAGACCAUCUUUCCAGGUAUAGACUCAGUUUUUGUUUUUGUUUUUUCGCUAACUUUGAAUUCAAUAUGCCACAGCAACAAAAAAUUUCUCUGUUGACAUUUCCCAAAAAGUGUGGCAGCAUGUACAAAGCGUAUGAUGGAGAAGGUACAAGCCUGGAAGUCAACAAACAAGAAGUGAAUAUAGUGGAGCCAGAAGAGAACACAGAAUGUGGUGUAAACUUAUUGAAUCAAUCUGUUUGCAACCAGAGUUCUAUGACAGUAGAUAUAGUUGAGCAUUCUGGAGAAAAAGCUGUCAACAGCAAUGGUUCUUGCAGAACUGCCAGCAGCCUAAUUGGAUUAACAGAUGAAUCAAACUGCAAACAAACAGAAUCACCUCAAACAAAUACUACAGAAUGCCACAGUCCAAUGGUUAUGAUUGAGGAAGGGGAAGAAAAAUCAUGUUAUCAUGGUGCUAGCCAAGAGUUAAAUGACAUAGUUUCAUCCCAAUGCUCUGUCAUUUCAUCUCAAAUAUCUGGAGAUUUUUCAAAUGAUCAAAAUCCUGAGAAGAUAGGAUCAUGCUCAGAUAGCAACUCAGAAGUUGAAGAUCUGUCAAGCACAGCAAAGUACAACAGUUGUGGUUCCUUCUGUAAGCUUCUUGAAAUGGUAAGUUCAACCAAGUUUCAUGAAGUUAACAGUCAAAGAAGCAAAUCAAUUGAGAUAAUGAGAGAUGACAAUGCAAAAGAAAGCUGGAAAAAAUCAAAUAUCACUCAAAACCCUCUAGAAGAAUCCAUCAUCCCAUCCCAUGAAUACAAUUUGAAACUUACCCAUAACUCAGGAGCUCUUGAAGUUAACUGCUCUGACCCUUCCAAAACAGAAGCCUCUUCAAGUCUUUUCUUAAAGAAUAAAGAUGAAAAUGAGAUGAAUAUGCCUAGUUUUCAAACAGCCGAGUCUGAAGGCCAUGUUGCAGUUACUCAUUCUCAAACUAUUUUAUCUCAAGUCCAUCCUCAGGAACAGAGUAGUGACAUGCAGCAAAGCUUUUUCAACAUUUCUGGGCAAACUAAUGAUCUGAUUCAGAAAGAAAGGGAUUUAAAUCUUGGCGAUCACAAAGAUGCUGUGAGGAGUGAAACCAAUGAGAUAAGUUCUGUCCCAAUAGAAUUGAAGAGCAAAAGUCAAGUGAAGGAAGAAAAGGAACAGUUUGACUGGGAUAGUUUGCGAAUAAAUGCACAAGCUAAGGCUGGGAAAAGAGAAAAGACAGAAAGCACCAUGGAUUCUUUAGACUGGGAUGCUGUGAGAUGUGCAGAUGUCGGCGAGAUUGCUAAUACCAUCAAAGAACGGGGCAUGAACAACAGGCUUGCCGAGCGUAUUCAGAAAUUCCUGAAUAGACUGGUUGAAGAUCAUGGAAGUAUUGACCUCGAGUGGUUGAGAGACGUUCCACCUGACCAAGCAAAAGAAUAUUUGCUGAGCGUAAGAGGGCUGGGAUUGAAGAGUGUGGAGUGUGUGCGGCUUUUAACACUGCACCAUCUUGCCUUCCCAGUAGACACAAAUGUUGGACGCAUCGCAGUACGACUGGGAUGGGUACCACUCCAGCCACUGCCCGAGUCACUACAGUUGCAUCUCCUAGAAAUGUACCCGGUGUUGGAGUCCAUACAAAAGUAUCUCUGGCCUCGACUGUGCAAGCUAGAUCAAAAAACACUAUAUGAGCUACACUACCAGAUGAUUACCUUUGGAAAGGUCUUCUGUACAAAAAGCAAACCAAAUUGUAAUGCAUGCCCAAUGAGAGCAGAAUGUCGGCACUUUGCUAGUGCAUUUGCAAGUGCAAGGCUUGCCCUGCCUGGACCAGAGCAGAAGAGUAUAGUAACUGCAACUGGCAAUAGUGCGACUGAUGAGAACCCACCUGUAUUCACAACUCAGUUGCACUUGCCUCUUCCUGAGAACACAAACCAAGUAGAAGAAAUUCUGCAAACAGAAGCGAACAGACAACUGGAACCAAGAUCUGAAGUAAAUAUCUGUCAACCUAUCAUUGAAGAGCCAACAACUCCAGAGCCAGAAUGUUUGCAGGUAUCAGAAAUUGAUAUGGAGGAUGCCUUCUACGAUGAUCCGUGUGAAAUUCCUACCAUUAAACUUAACAUAGAGGAGUUCACUCUGAAUUUACAAAACUAUAUGCAAAAAAACAUGGAACUUCAAGAAGGUGAAAUGUCAAAGGCCCUGGUUGCUUUGAAUCCACAAGCUGCCUCCAUUCCAGUGCCCAAGCUAAAGAAUGUUAGCCGAUUACGAACAGAGCAUUUUGUAUACGAACUCCCUGAUACGCAUCCUCUUCUGGAAGGGUGGGACACGAGAGAACCUGAUGAUCCUGGCAAAUAUCUUCUUGCUAUAUGGACUCCAGGCGAGACGGCAAAUUCAAUACAGCCACCCGAAUGCAAAUGCAGCUCACGUGAAGAAUGUGGGCAACUCUGCGACGAGAAGGAAUGUUUCUCAUGCAACAGUUUCCGUGAAGCAAAUUCACAGAUAGUCAGAGGGACACUUCUGAUACCAUGCCGAACAGCUAUGCGAGGGAGCUUUCCUCUAAACGGCACUUAUUUCCAAGUCAACGAGGUAUUUGCUGACCAUGAGUCGAGCCUCAAUCCUGUUAGUGUUCCCCGAAGUUGGAUUUGGCACCUCAAUAGGCGAACAGUAUAUUUUGGAACCUCCAUAACAUCAAUAUUCAAAGGCUUAUCAACACCUGAAAUUCAAUUAGCCUUUUGGAAAGGUUAUCUUUGUGUGCGAGGGUUCGAAAGGAAAUCGCGAGCACCGCGUCCUCUGAUGGCUAGACUACACUUCCCAGCUAGCAAAUUGGCCAAAACAACCAAAGAGAAGACAAAAAAGGAGCCAAGUCCAGCGAAGAAACCACAAGAACCAAAACCAAAUCCUGAACAGCCAGAGCUGAUUUCAAACAGUCCCCCCCUUCAAGAGAAAGGAACAGCCUGAAGACUUGCCUAUAUUACUCAUCCUGCACUGUGGUGCCUAGUAGCAUGUAUGUAAAUGAUAAUGACAAAGUCAUUAUUUAUUCUAACUUUUAGCUCCUCUUAUCAUGCUCUAUACCAAGCAGUUUCUUCAACAUUAUUAGGUAGGUUCUUAUAAUGUAUCAUCGGUAGCAACAUAAGAUCUAGAUUCUUGUUUCCAAUGUAAUGCCAUAUCAAAAGAACCGGGCUACUCGCACGAGUUGGGGGCUAACUCUUGCGAGGAUAUGCCCUAGAAUAUUCUCUUGAUUUUAGGACAUAAUAAUAACUUCAUAAGCGCCUCUUGCAAAUUUAAUUAGAAUUUUCAUUCA